AUGAACAAGAACUGUCCCAUUUCUGGUUCCGAUAUCAACAUGCAACGGCGAUUUCCCAAUGAAAUUUCCAGCAUCGUUGUUGACUAUCUUGUCGACGACCCUCCCGCUCUCCAGAAUGUCGCUCUACUAUGCCAUGAUUUUGCAAGCCUGGCACAAUCGCGCAUCUUUGAGCAGGUCAGCUUAGAAGACGGUUCAAAGUUGGCAUCUGGUUAUAUGCCGUGGUCCAGGUGGUCCAGGUACCAACGGCAUGAUUACGCUCCCCUCAUGUACCGGUUCAAUGCCCUAUUGAGCAAUCCUCAGACGGGUUUCCUAGGAAAAUUUGUUCGAAGACUCGACUUGGAUCCAUGCUUGGGUCCCCUCAGAAACAUGGAGCAUACCGAGGUCGAUGUGACCAUUUCUUCCAUCUUUCAACAAUUACCUGCCUUGACGGAGCUCAGAAUCAAUCACGGACGCGGCGAACACUUUGGAGCUGUCGAAACGUAUCUAAGUCAACAGUUGAAGGAAUUAUGGAUCGGACAUACCACUAUUCAUGAACAAAAAUGCUUCGAAUAUUUCCAAAACAUGCUCACCUCUCUUACUGCCUUGACGCGUCUUUCUAUCAAUAAUUGUUCUCUUAGUCACCCCCCAGACGUCGGGUCAAACCCUAUACGCGCGCUCAUUUUCCCGAGUUCAUUGAAAGCAGCUUGUAUCACAGGUACAGAUGAGCGUACUUUCCGUGCCCUUGGACUAGGAUUAGAAUGUCCUCAAGCUCCAGUGUUAUCCUCCUUUCUUUCGGAUUUUCGGAAUGAAGUGGAAGAUCCGAAGUAUACUUUGGAAAGGACUCGGGACCAACAAGCUGACCCAAUAACUUCCUACUUGCCGGCUAUGAUCUCCGUCACUAGAGGGAUAGAAGGCCCCAACCUAACACUAUGUUGCUCGCAGUUUUAUCAACUGAUUGCAUAUUUCGCCCACUUUAUUUCCGUACUUCCCGAAUCCGUUCGAAGAAUAUGUAUCGAUUUCAAUGCUGGAGCUACCGAUGGACCUCCAGAUCUUCAUCAUCUGGAUGGGUGGGUCAAACUAGAUGAUACUCUUAUGGAUAGACAUGCGAUCGGAUUGCUGGAAAGUGUCUGCUUUAGGUGCACGAAACGUACCAUAUCUGGUAAUGGUCCAUCGUUCAAGAGUGGUUCUUCUCUUGACCGAACAAUUUUAAAUCGUGUAUCUGGAUUGUUACAUCGGUCAGAUGAGGCAGGAAUGCUCGAGAUCGACUAUACCACACUCAUCUUUAAAUUUUAG